AUGUUGCGGUCCCUCUUCUCCUCACUCGUACGACCGACCCUCUCUCCCCUCCCUUCGACCUCCGUGAUCCGAUCCAGUUUCAUCGAUACGCCUCGACCAGGUACGCAACUACACCACCGUAGCGCAGCACACAGCCCGAACAGCGUACACACAUAGCAAAGCUAAACUCUCUUGACAUCGUGACAGGUCUCAUCCAAGUCCGAACCGCUACCAAGCGUGGUGGUGGGUCGUCCAAGAACGGACGUAACUCGAUCGGUAAACGUUUGGGCGUCAAGCGGUAUGCAGGUCCGUCACAGACUAGAUCACCUACGACUUCAUUCUUUUCCAAUUCGACCUGACACUCUCCAUCUCCCUCCCUUCCCCAUUCUCAGGCCAACUCGUCUCAGCCGGUUCCAUCCUCGUCCGUCAACGAGGUACGACGUUCCACCCAGGUCAACACGUCGCAAAAGGCAAAGACCACACCUUGUUCGCCCUCGUCCCCGGGUUCGUUCACUACUACGCCGACCUAGUUCGCGGUAAAGAGAGGAGGUUGAUUGGUAUUUGCACGGAGGGGAGGGAGGAGAAGUUGCCGAGGGACGUCAAGGAGAUGGGCAGGAGUCGGUACUUUGGAUUGGUCGAUGUCGAGAGGGUUCGAGGGGAUUGGGAAAAGAGGGUGGGAGAGGGUGAGGAUCUACAGGGUUUGAUGCAGGAGGCGGUGGCGAUGGGGUUGGCCGGCGAGCGGAGUACGGGCACGUCCGAGGGCAAAGUGCAGGCUUGA